AACACGAAAUAAUUUUUUAAGUCGCAUUUAUACGUUCUGGUGGUGUCCACUUAGUAAGGACACCGCAAUCAAAUUUCUAGUGUACUCGUAUGCAUCGGCAAACCCGGAAACACUCACUCACAGCAAAAGAGCAGGGCGCCCGACACUCGGUGGAGGUCCAUGGAGGAGCGGAGACGCCGGCUGAGGGCGUACAGGCGAGCGCGUCGAAAGUUUGCCUGCAUAGUCUACCUGCUAACCCUUGUGUGGAUGCUAUUGGCGCUAAUCCAAUUCCUGCUGGUAUCGCUCGUUGAGCCGGUCAAAUCGUUAUUUGUAAAACACUAUUGGAUCAGCAUUAUAUUUUUUGUCCUUGCCAUAAUAUUGGUCACCAUUUUCAUAUUCUUUGAGAGGGUGCGUUUUAUGACGGGUCUCAAUUGGUUUAUGACCAUACUCAUAGUCGAAUUCAUAAUAAUUGGCGUGUUUGCCUUGGUGGCCCUCACUCUGUGGCCGGACAUGCUGCUCUUUUUUGCCAUUUGCGUCCUGCUCAUAUUUCUAUUCAUACUUCUCGGCUCCAUAAUACCGCAUGAUCUUACUCUGGACGUGGUUAUACUCUUUGUGCUGGCCUUCAUAUUCCUCAUAGUGACGGUCUUCUUCAUCAUGCUGUACGUGGUGGCCUCUGUACCAUAUUCGUUUAUUGUCUACCAUAUAUUCAUCUCCAUUAUUGUUCUGCUGUUUGUAAUGUACCAUGCACAGACAAUCAAUGGGGGGCGGUUUGCAGAAAUGCGACUCAAUGACUUUCUAUUGGCAUCGCUAAUUCUUUUUCACGACUUCAUAAUCAUAUAUCUUCUGACAUUUUAUGUACAAAUCAUAUACAAGAUUGCCUCGCCGGAAUGGUUGAUAAAUGAAAGCAAAUCAACAACCAAAGGUCCACAAAAAACUACCGCCGACGAUGACUCUGACGACCUUCCUACUGAACCUUCUGAAGAGGGAAGUGGUGAAGGCGAACCACCAGGCGAAGAUGGAGAGGGUAGUGGUGGUCCUGAGGCACCGCCUGAAGGAGAAGGGCCUGAGGAGACAGCUACUACUGAGGAAGGCAAUGAGAAUACUCCAGAAGAACCGACCGGAGAUGGUGAAGAGACUCCAGAAACAUCAACCGAUGCUCCCGAUCGUGCGAAAAUUUUUUUUUAAUUCAAAUAAAAAACUAUCAAAAUUAUAUAAGGUGGAGAAUAAACGCCUUUGGUAAAAUCAAAA